CCUUUUUCCUACCAUGUAUCUCCCAAUUUCUUCUAUUUUCUCCUCUCGGUGGAUUAAACCCUAGCUAGCUGCAGUAGAUUUUUAUCACACCAAAGUAAACCCUACCAACCACAUCAACUUGUUCAGCGAGGGGACUCCAAUAGACGAUGGAUGCCGAUGACGAGAUUCCUGGACGGGUCCAUCCCAAGAAGAAACCACCUAUGGAUUGAGAGUCGCAGAAACAAGUCCGCACAUCGAUGCCAGAGGCGGUGUCCAAGGUGCUCGAUGACGACAACCUCCUCAUCGAGGUCCUCCUCUGUGUUGGCUUCCCCACCACCCUUGUACGUGCUGCUAUCGUCUGCAAACGUUGGUAUAACCAUGCCUCUGACUGCACUUUCCUUUGCCGUUUCCGUAAACGCCACCCACCUUGCCUCCUUGGCUUCUAUGUCAACAGAGGGUCCGCAUCCUCAGGAUUGAGCCCUCCGCUUUUCGUCCAUGUCCAGCCCCAACCCCCAGAGCUCACCACCGUCAUCUUCCGCGUGGCGAGCCAUAGCUUCGGCACCUAUGAAAACAGACUAUGGAUCAUGGACUGCCAAAAUGGCAUUGUCUUCACCAGACAUCACGAAGGAGUACUGACACAUGGAGUGCACUGCCCUUUGUACCGUAAGAGAGACAUGGCCUUCAUCCCACCACCCCCACGCGUCCAGGACAGGAAUCCCUACAUUUUGGUUGCAGUCCUCUCUAAAGAAGAAGGUGACGACCUUUCCUACUUCUGUAUGUUGGUGAAGUAUGCCACCGAGAAAGGGAAGUUCAAGGUGCACAUAUAUAUGUUACAAGAUGGCAAAUGGUACAUACAUGCCUCUGUCACAGACCAUUUCAAUUAUCCACGAGUAGGACAAAAACCUGUGCUCAUCAACAAUAAAAUCUAUAUGGUGUCCUCCUUGAGUGGAGAAAUUACUGUCUUGGAUUUGACAGCCUUAACUUUUUCCACAAUUCAGCCCCCACAAGGAGUGGAGUCUCACUAUUUUAGCACCAUCUUCUCACAGGCCAAUGAUCCUUCCGGUGUAUAUCUCAUCCAUGACCAUGCCGAGGAGUUUCAACUUCGCAUAUGGCUCCACAAGGAGGACAGCUGGUUGCUGGUGGAUACCAUUUGCUUGCACGACAUGCGUGCUGUUUUGGGGAUGUCAGAUCACUGCAUAGAGGAGAAGGAUAUUGGUACGGUGAAGAUAAUCGUGGUGGGAGAGAAUGCAUAAUUUGUAUUGUUAGAUAUGGAUCAAUGAAUAUUCUACUUGGAUAUGAAGUGCAGGACAUGGUGUAAAGUCUAUGAGUUGGCAGUAAAUGAUCCAUAUUACCGUGGUAUCUAUCCUUUCAUGAUGAUCUGGCCUCCAACAUUCCCAGCCCUCAAGGGAGAUCCUGCAAGGAUUUCGUUUUGACCUUCAGGGGGUCUAUAUAGUGAACUUAUCGAGGUUACAAUCGUUAUAGUGUUCCUCAUCCAUCGCAUUGUUGGUAACAUACAUCAUGCUCUUUGAACUUGU